AUGGCGCCCUCCCCUGAGCAGAUCGCCAGCAACCUCCUCAUACCCCUCAACCUCUCCGUCACCUCCAUCCAACCCCUCCAAACCCUCUGGGCCGGCUACGGCACCAUAUGCUCGCUUCGCGCCCGUCCUGUCACCCCUGAAGCAGCUACGGUAGUCUCCUCACUACUUUCCACCCCUAUUACUCCAAACACGGAAAUCCCUCUCAUCCUCAAACUCAUCAGCCCGCCCAAGGCGAAGCUCAAUGACGAGGGCCAUCUGAGGAAGAUUUUGAGCUACGAAGUCGAGCAGUAUUUCUACGCCCACCUCGCCCCGAAACUAUCAGAUGACGUGGGCGUCGCCAAGUGCAUCGCCUCGAGCGCAGCGGGUGCGGGCGCCCUGGAUGGCAUCGUCGCCAUGGUGCUGACCGAUCUGAGGCCCGAGUACCCUGUUGCCGGGGGCAAGCGGGACGUCCUGUCGAGCGAGCAGGUAGACGCUGCCUUGAGGUGGCUGGGAAGGUUUCACGCCGAGUCUAGGGCUUGGGUUGGUGGCGAGAGGGCAGAGUAUGUUCUCCCGCCGCUGCAGGAGGCUCGGCGGCGAGAGGAGGGGAACAGGGGAACCAAGAUCUGGCUGAAUGGUGGCUACACUUACCUUGCCACGCGCCUGAACGAGUAUGCUUCCUUGGAGGCAGAUGAUGAUUCGGAAUGGUCGGGCGCAUUCUGCGAUCACCAUGAGGAACUCGGGGCCAGUAUCGCUGAGGCCGUUGCCGAGGUGUUGAAGCCCACGGGACGGGGUUUCGAGAGCGUCAUCCAUGGCGACGUCAAGUCCGAGAACCUGUUUACUACGGAGGAUGGUAGCAAGGUGGCCUUCUUUGACUUUCAAUAUGUCGGCCUUGGACUCGGGGUGUGUGACCUGGCCAAGCUGUUCACCUGUUCGGUACCCCUCAAACUCAUCACUGGCUCAGAUGAGUGGCAGAUUCCCAUGGAGGAUGGGGAGAAAGAACUGUUGAGGCGCUAUAGAGCAGCAUUGCUUAACGGAAAAGGUGAUGAAUCCUACCCAUGGGAUGACUUUGUCAGGCAUUGGGAAUGUGCGCUGGUAGACUGGUGCCGAUUCCAGGCGAGCUGGGGGUUCUGGGGCAACACCGAAUGGCUGGAGGCGAGAGUGCGCUCAAUCCUGGGCGACCAAGCCUGGAGAGCCUGGUUGCAAUAUGAGCUUCAAAAAUAA